AGACCAAGAUACAGAUACUAUUAGGAGACGCAAGUACGCCAAGCAAGCAGUGUGUGGGAUCGGAAUUAAUUGACUAAAUUAUUACAAUAGAUAUUGGAUAUUUUUGAUCCAAAAAUGUGUAAGAAAGCAACAAGAGAGGUUGAGGUGGUGGAGACUGGGAAGAAGCAGUAUGCAGCUUCUGUUGAAGAAGCGUUAACCAUGACAGGUUUUGGAAAGUACAACUUUGGAUUACUACUGGUAUGCAGUUGGACGCUUCAGGCUAUGGGUAUGGACAUGUUUGGCAGCAGCUUUGUGAUAGCUGCUGCUCACUGCGAUCUUGAACUGACUUUGCAACAAAGAGCUUUACUUACUGCCAUGCCAUUACUUGGUGUGGUAGCAGGAGCUCAAUUAUGGGGUUACGUGUCAGAUACUAAAGGAAGAAGGCUAACACUGGUACUGUCUAUGUCAGUAGGCUUCGUGUUUGCAGCGCUCAGCAGUCUAUCUCCAAACUGGCAGACUAUGGCGGUUCUCAAAUUGAUUUCUUCUAUUUUCACUUCAGCCAGUAACUCAGGAGCAUACACACUGUUGGGAGAGAGUUGUUCUGAACGCGCUCGUGGACGCGCCAUGUUGAUGUGCUCCUGCGCUCUCAUGUGUUCACAGGCUACUGUUGCAGUGAUGGCUUACCCAAUCCUACCCCUGGACUUUGCGUAUCACAUCGACUUCCUUGGCGUGGUGUACCGACCCUGGCGUCUACUAGCCUUCAUCAUGGCUUUGCCCUGUGCGUUCACCGCCUGUCUACUGCAGCUCUUCUACGAGAGCCCCAAGUUCCUCGCUACUCACGGACGUUAUGAAGAGGCUUUGCAAGUCCUGAAGAAUAUUUAUGCUACUAACACUGGCAAGGAUGCUGAUAGCUUCCCAGUUCAAAAGCUUCAAGAAGAUACUGAGAAUAAGACUACUGAAGUUAAAGAAUCAUUCUUAAAAUCGGUGUGGCAGCAAACAGUACCGCUGUUUAAGGCACCCCUGCUGAAGGAGACCCUCAGGCUUUUCUACCUCGUCGCUGUUAUUUAUAUGACUGGCAGCGGCUUCAUCCUCUGGUUGCCUUACAUCAUGAACAACCUGUUCUUCGUGUUGGAGUCUGGUGGCGGUGAGGGCAUGAACCUCUGCGCUAUCAUUGAGUACCCGUCAGCUGCUGGCUAUACUACUGGAAACAUAACGGCUGUAGAAGUAUGUGACGACACGAUCCAGGACACUACAUUAUUCUCCGCAAUGACGUAUGGUGCCAUGGCGAGCUGUUCCAACGUGGUCCUUUCUCUAACAUGUGGGAGUCGCAAGCGUAUGGCCAUGAUCUGCAUCCUAGCGAUGUCAGCCAUCGCCGCCGUCUUGCAAAAUGUGGUAGCUGUUCCAUUGGCUGGAGGAAUCUUCUUCUUCUUUUUCCUCAUGUGCGCACUCUCCAUGGGCAUCUUGAGCGUGUACUUCGUAGAGCUUUACCCGACUUCUUUAAGAGGUAUGGUAUCCUGUCUAUCAGUGAUGCUGGGCAGGUCGAGCGCCUUCCUCGGAGUGAACGUGAUAGGUGCCCUCAUCUCGAACAGCUGUGAGGCCACCUUCUACGGAUGGUCCCUCUUAUUAUUUAGUGCAAUAGUAGUGGCAUGGUUCCUGCCCAAAGAUAAAGCACCUAAGAAGUAAAGAUUCAACCAUCUAACUGGAUCUACUGAAGACUGAACUAAAUCUACUCUUACUUGUACAUAAUGAAUGA